AUGGGCGAGAAUGUGCAAGACAUAAAAGAUAGAAUGGAUAAAAUUUUGCAACUUGCUUCGAAUAGAGAGACUCGGAAACAAAGGGACAACGAACUAAGAGUGCUAGCGAUGGACACGUUGAAUAUGAUCGGGGAUGCACUUCAAGUUAUUUUGGCGAUGAAGGAAGAAGUGAAAAAACGUUACGCUAGCCGCAAAACAAACUCAGUUCUUCUCUUCUCUAGGAAACGAAAGCAACGACUGAAGAAAGAAAGCAGCAGCGACUGCAAAGCAGCGACCUCAGCAGCAAGCCAGAUACUUCCGUUCUUCUCCAGCGACUUUCGUUCUUCUCCAGUCUCCGGUCUCCACGAUUUAACCCUUAAACACCAAUAUCCCCUUCGCCCACCCAAAGCAAAGUUUGCCCCCCUUUUCACUUUCCAAUCGUUGAACGCCAAAAUUUCAGUGCCAGUAGUUCCUCCCAAAAACGGCAGUCUUCUGUUUCACUUUCACAUCAUGGUCACCACUUCUCCAGCUUCUCAUUGA